AUGGAGCUCGAGCAGGUUUUGUGGUUGAGCAGUGGCGGUGGUGGUGGUGUCUCUACUUCUCAGUUUCAGGGAGGCUAUGCCUUUUAUCAUGGGCUUCAAAUCUUAGAAGCCACUAAUAACAGUGACAUACAAAUACAACAACCUAUAGAGAUUAUUGAUUUGGAGAAUGAUUCAAAUGGUGAAACUGUUACGAACAAGGGUUGUUUUGAUCACAUAGCAAUUACAAAGUCCGACACUUUCAAUGAUUUGAUGGAGGCGAUUCUAAGAUUUGAAAAAAACACUAAAUGUAUUGAUGAGACUAAUCAUAAUGAAGCUCAAGCCGAAGUUAGAAAGGUUUCUAAGAAGUUGAAGGCUUUAAACUUUCGAGCAUCAUUACUCAAAAUUGGCAUAUGGGAGGAAGUUGCUGAACAGGUAGAAGGGUUGAUUGUAAGGUGUUACUUUGCAAAGGAAAAACUGGCUUGGGAAAUUUCUCGAAAGCAAUCUUUGAAGAAAAAAAUUGAAAUAAAGUGGUCUGAUAUUUUAGCGAUUAGAGCUAAAAUUAUGGAAGAUGGUACUGGAGUUCUAGAAAUUGAGCUUAAUAGGCCCCCUUCAUUCUAUGAAGAGAGUACUCCGAUUCCAAGACAGCAUACUAUAUGGAAUAUUAGUUCAGACUUCACUGGUGGUCAAGCACUUAAUUAUAGGAUGCAUUAUCUUGAAUUUCCUCCAGGAGUCCUUGAAAAAUACUACAAGAAGCUCCUAGAAAGCAACGAGUUGUUAAUGCUGAGCCAAAACCCUUUCUUAAGUCUAAGUUCUCCCUACUUCAACUGCAAUUUCUCGGGUGCAAAAAGGAAACGUGCAAUUAGCAGUAGUACAAACCACAUGUACAAUGGAGAACAUGGGAUGGAUAAUCAUGAUUACUUGAGUUCAAGUUCCAUGCAUUCGCAGUCUAGGAGUUGGCAACCUCCUCACCAAGUUUCUUAUGGGAAUUUGAUGAUGCAUCGACCCCGGGAAGGCUGGAAUAACUCAUUGUAG